AUGCCGGAAGGCGGCUGUUCCUUUGAUGAGCACUACAGCGGCUGUGGUUAUAGCGUGGCCCUGGGGACCAAUGGGUUCACCUGGGAGCAGAUUAACACAUGGGAAAAGCCAAUGCUAGACCCAGCGGUGCCCACAGGAUCCUUCAUGAUGGUGAACAGCUCUGGCAGGGCCUCCGGGCAGAAGGCCCACCUGCUCCUGCCCACCCUGAAGGAGAACGACACGCACUGCAUCGACUUCCAUUACUACUUCUCAAGCCGAGACAGGUCCAGCCCUGGGGCCUUGAACGUCUAUGUGAAGGUGAAUGGAGGACCCCAGGGGAACCCUGUCUGGAAUGUGUCUGGAGUCGUCACCGAGGGCUGGGUGAAAGCAGAACUGGCCAUCAGUACUUUCUGGCCACACUUCUACCAGGUGAUAUUUGAAUCCGUAUCUUUGAAGGGUCAUCCUGGCUACAUCGCUGUGGACGAGGUCCGGGUCCUUGCUCAUCCAUGCAGAAAGGCACCUCACUUCUUGCGGCUCCAAAAUGUCGAGGUGAACGUGGGGCAGAAUGCCACAUUUCAGUGCAUUGCUGGUGGGAAGUGGUCUCAGCAUGACAAACUUUGGCUUCAGCAAUGGAAUGGCAGGGACACGGCCCUAAUGGUCACCCGCGUGGUCAACCACAGGCGCUUCUCAGCCACAGUCAGUGUGGCAGAUACUGCCCAGCGCAGCAUCAGCAAGUACCGCUGUGUGAUUCGCUCUGACGGGGGUUCCGGCGUGUCCAACUAUGCUGAACUGAUUGUGAAAGAGCCGCCCACGCCCAUCGCACCUCCUGAACUGCUUGCUGUGGGGGCCACCUACCUGUGGAUCAAGCCAAAUGCCAACUCCAUCAUAGGUGAUGGCCCCAUCAUCCUGAAGGAGGUGGAGUAUCGGACCACCACAGGCACCUGGGCUGAGACCCACAUUGUCGACUCCCCCAACUACAAGCUGUGGCAUCUGGACCCUGAUGUGGAGUAUGAGAUCCGUGUGCUGCUCACACGCCCAGGCGAGGGGGGCACAGGGCCACCAGGGCCUCCUCUCACCACCAGGACCAAGUGUGCAGACCCGGUGCACGGCCCACAGAACGUGGAGAUCGUGGACAUCCGAGCACGGCAGCUGACCCUGCAAUGGGAACCCUUUGGCUAUGCAGUGACCCGGUGCCACAGCUACAACCUCACGGUGCAGUACCAGUACGUCUUCAACCAGCAGCAGUAUGAGGCCGAGGAAGUCAUCCAGACUUCCUCCCACUACACCCUGCGUGGCCUGCGCCCCUUCAUGACCAUCCGGCUGCGGCUCCUGCUGUCCAACCCCGAGGGCCGCAUGGAGAGUGAAGAGCUGGUGGUGCAGACAGAGGAGGACGUUCCAGGAGCUGUUCCUCUAGAAUCCAUCCAAGGGGGUCCCUUUGAGGAGAAGAUCUACAUCCAGUGGAAACCUCCCAACGAGACCAAUGGGGUCAUCACUCUCUAUGAGAUCAACUACAAGGCUGUGGGCUCGCUGGACCCAAGUGCCGACCUCUCCAGCCAGAGGGGCAAAGUGUUCAAACUCCGCAAUGAAACCCACCACCUCUUUGUGGGUCUGUAUCCAGGGACCACCUACUCGUUCACCAUCAAGGCCAGCACGGCAAAGGGCUUUGGGCCCCCCGUCACAACUCGCAUCGCCACCAAAAUUUCAGCACCAUCGAUGCCUGAGUAUGAUACAGACACCCCACUGAAUGAAACAGACACGACGAUCACAGUGAUGCUGAAGCCUGCUCAGUCCCGGGGAGCCCCUGUCAGUGUUUAUCAGCUAGUUGUCAAGGAGGAGCGACUUCAGAAGUCACGGAGGGCAGCAGACAUCAUCGAGUGCUUCUCAGUGCCUGUGAGCUAUAGGAAUGCUUCCAACCUGGAUUCCCUACACUAUUUUGCUGCUGAAUUGAAGCCUGCCAACCUGCCUGUUACCCAACCAUUUACAGUUGGUGACAACAAGACAUACAAUGGCUACUGGAACCCUCCACUCUCCCCAUUGAAAAGCUACAGUAUCUAUUUCCAGGCACUCAGCAAAGCAAAUGGAGAGACCAAAAUCAACUGUGUCCGGCUGGCUACCAAAGCACCAAUGGGCAGCGCCCAGGUGACCCCGGGGACUCCACUCUGCCUCCUCACCACAGGCGCCUCCACCCAAAAUUCUAACACCGUGGAGCCAGAGAAGCAGGUGGACAACACGGUGAAGAUGGCAGGUGUGAUCGCUGGCCUCCUCAUGUUCAUUAUCAUUCUCUUGGGUGUGAUGCUCACCAUCAAAAGGAGAAGAAAUGCUUAUUCCUACUCCUAUUACUUGAAGCUGGCCAAGAAGCAGAAGGAGACACAGAGUGGAGCCCAGAGAGAGAUGGGGCCUGUGGCCUCGACCGACAAACCCACCUCCAAGCUCAGCGCCAACCGCAACGAUGAAGGCUUCUCCUCUAGCGCUCAGGAUGUGAAUGGAUUCACAGAUGGCAGCCGUGGGGAGCUGUCCCAGCCCACCCUCACCAUCCAGACUCACCCUUACCGGACGUGUGACCCCGUGGAGUUGAGCUACCCUCGGGACCAGUUCCAGCCUGCCAUCCGGGUGGCUGAUCUGCUGCAGCACAUCACCCAGAUGAAGAGAGGCCAGGGCUACGGGUUCAAGGAGGAAUAUGAGGCUUUACCGGAGGGGCAGACAGCUUCAUGGGACACAGCCAAAGAGGAUGAAAACCGCAAUAAGAACCGAUACGGGAAUAUUAUAUCCUAUGACCAUUCCCGAGUGAGGCUACUGGUGCUGGACGGAGACCCACACUCUGACUACAUCAACGCCAACUACAUUGAUGGUUACCACCGACCUCGGCACUACAUUGCAACCCAGGGUCCAAUGCAGGAGACAGUCAAGGACUUUUGGAGAAUGAUUUGGCAGGAGAACUCAGCCAGCAUCGUCAUGGUCACCAACCUGGUGGAGGUGGGCAGGGUGAAAUGCGUACGAUACUGGCCAGAUGACACUGAGGUGUACGGAGACAUCAAAGUCACCCUGAUUGAAACAGAGCCCCUGGCAGAAUACAUCAUAAGAACCUUCACGGUCCAGAAGAAAGGCUACCAUGAGAUCCGAGAGCUUCGCCUCUUCCAUUUCACCAGCUGGCCUGACCAUGGUGUCCCCUGCUAUGCCACCGGUCUUCUGGGCUUUGUCCGACAGGUCAAGUUCCUCAACCCUCCUGAAGCUGGGCCCAUAGUGGUUCACUGCAGUGCUGGAGCUGGAAGGACCGGCUGUUUCAUUGCCAUUGACACCAUGCUUGACAUGGCUGAGAAUGAAGGGGUAGUGGAUAUCUUCAACUGUGUGCGUGAGCUGCGUGCCCAGAGGGUCAACCUGGUGCAGACAGAGGAGCAGUAUGUGUUUGUGCAUGAUGCCAUCCUGGAAGCAUGUCUGUGUGGCAACACUGCCAUCCCUGUGUGUGAGUUUCGGUCUCUCUACUACAAUAUCAGCAGACUGGACCCUCAGACCAACUCCAGUCAAAUCAAAGAUGAAUUUCAGACUCUCAACAUUGUGACACCACGUGUCCGGCCUGAGGACUGCAGCAUCGGGCUCUUGCCCCGGAACCAUGACAAGAAUCGGAGCAUGGAUGUCCUGCCCCUGGACCGCUGUCUGCCCUUCCUCAUCUCAGUGGAUGGAGAAUCCAGCAACUACAUCAAUGCAGCACUGAUGGAUAGCCACAAGCAGCCCGCUGCCUUUCUGGUCACCCAGCACCCUCUCCCUAACACUGUGGCAGACUUCUGGAGGCUGGUGUUCGAUUAUAACUGCUCUUCUGUGGUGAUGCUGAAUGAGAUGGACACUGCUCAGCUCUGCAUGCAGUACUGGCCUGAGAAGACCUCGGGAUGCUAUGGGCCUAUCCAGGUGGAGUUCGUGUCUGCAGACAUUGAUGAGGACAUUAUCCACAGAAUAUUCCGCAUCUGUAAUAUGGCUCGGCCACAGGAUGGGUAUCGUAUCGUUCAGCACCUCCAGUACAUUGGCUGGCCAGCCUACCGGGACACGCCCCCUUCCAAGCGCUCUCUGCUCAAAGUGGUCCGACGACUCGAGAAGUGGCAGGAACAAUAUGAUGGGAGGGAGGGACGCACCGUGGUCCACUGCCUAAAUGGGGGCGGCCGCAGUGGAACUUUCUGCGCCAUUUGUAGUGUGUGUGAGAUGAUCCAGCAACAAAAUAUCAUUGAUGUAUUCCACAUCGUGAAAACGUUGCGUAACAACAAAUCCAACAUGGUGGAGACGCUGGAACAGUAUAAAUUCGUAUACGAGGUGGCACUGGAAUACUUAAGCUCCUUUUAG